UGGUUGAACGUUGAAACUAUAACCAAACUUUCACUGGAAUAUUCAAAUGAAUAUUCAACAUCUUGUAGAAACGUAAAUACCUGGAAGUGGUAUGUCUAAAUGGCAGUGGAUAGGAAGGAGUAAGGUUGAAAGAUUAACCAAACUUUCUUUCACUAGUAUAACAUUGUGUAGAGAGCCUAGACUUGUGUGAGAGAGACUAAGAGAGAUUGGGGUAAAGGUUUACAGAUAGAUCACUAAGUAUAUUACACUGCUGGAUAGGCUAGUUGAGAGGGCUCUAAUGAUAUGUGUGACGUAGAGGUGAAAGGUUGAGAGAUGACCAAGGUUUCAGCAGCUUUGAGAGAGCAACAGAGAGUGUACGGUACGGUAUGACUUUACCUAGAGGAAAUCGUAUCAGAAAAGUUAAAUUGAGCUGUGAAUAUGUUUUCCUUUCCCAAAGCCUAAAAGCGUGUAUUAAAACGUAAAGCAACAGGCUCCAUACUUGAUUUUAACAGUUAGAUUUCCUGUCAUUUUAAAAGCGUCUGCUGGAUGUUUACGAGUGUGUCAGUCCAAAUGAAAGCUAUGCAUGACUUCCUGUUCUCGUUUUAAGCGGUGCAAUCACAUGGUUUAUUGAUAUGAUAGUGCUCUGUACAAGUGCUCAAACUCUUCUAAAGUGUGUAUCUGUUGUCAUUUUGUGCCCAUAAGCUGAAAAACUCUCUUAGCAUCUACAUUAACCAGCACUGUGGUUCCUUUAGUCAGUCAGUCAGUGGUCUGGUGUGACUCGUUUAAUGGCACACGUUUAAUGGCACACUAUCCCCAUAGUGACCCCAUCCCAUAACACUGGCUGCCCAGUGACUCGCUAGCCUACAUCGAUUGAUCGAUUGAUCUAUGGAUUGAUUGAGCCUAGCAGCUAUGUGAUCACACCUCUCUGUAUCUGCUGCCUGCCUGCCUGCCGUCAAAAGCCUGUUUGUGCGACAGCAGCGGCCUCACUGCUACAACCUUGUGUUUGGAAGAUGGUGUGUUUUGAUCCUGUGACUGUGUGUAGUCUAUAUGUCUCAUCUGUCUGUUCCACUGAAUACCCCCCACGAGAAGAAAGAAACACAUGGGGUCUGUUAUGUUCUGUAUGGGUCUGUUAUGUUCUGUUAUAUUCUGUAUGGGUCUGUUAUGUUCUGGAUGGGUCUGUUAUGUUCUGGAUGGGUCUGUUAUAUUCUGGAUGGGUCUGUUAUGUUCUGGAUGGGUCUGUUAUGGGUCUGUUAUGUUCUGUAUGGGUCUGUUAUGUUCUGUUAUAUUCUGUAUGGGUCUGUUAUGUUCUGGAUGGGUCUGUUAUGUUCUGUUAUAUUCUGGAUGGGUCUGUUAUGUUCUGGAUGGGUCUGUUAUGUUCUGUAUGGGUCUGUUAUGUUCUGUAUGGGUCUGUUAUGUUCUGUAUGGGUCUGUUAUGUUCUGUAUGGGUCUGUUAUGUUCUGUAUGGGUCUGUUAUGUUCUGUUAUAUUCUGUAUGGGUCUGUUAUGUUCUGUAUGGGUCUGUUAUGUUCUGUGGGUCUGUUAUGUUCUGUAUGGGUCUGUUAUGUUCUGUAUGGGUCUGUUAUGUUCUGUUAUGUUCUGUAUGGGUCUGUUAUGUUCUGUUAUGUUCUGUAUGGGUCUGUUAUGUUCUGUAUGGGUCUGUUAUGUUCUGUAUGGGUCUGUUAUGUUCUGUAUGGGUCUGUUAUGUUCUGUAUGGGUCUGUUAUGUUCUGUAUGGGUCUGUUAUGUUCUGUAUGGGUCUGUUAUGUUCUGUAUGGGUCUGUUAUGUUCUGUAUGGGUCUGUUAUGUUCUGUAUGGGUCUGUUAUGUUCUGUAUGGGUCUGUUAUGUUCUGUAUGGGUCUGUUAUGUUCUGUAUGGGUCUGUUAUGUUCUGUAUGGGUCUGUUAUGUUCUGUAUGGGUCUGUUAUGUUCUGUAUGGGUCUGUUAUGUUCUGUAUGGGUCUGUUAUGUUCUGUUUGGGUCUGUUAUGUUCUGUUAUAUUCUGAAUGGGUCUGUUAUGUUCUGUUAUGUUCUGUAUGGGUCUGUUAUGUUCUGUAUGGGUCUGUUAUGUUCUGUAUGGGUCUGUUAUGUUCUGUAUGGGUCUGUUAUGUUCUGUAUGGGUCUGUUAUGUUCUGUAUGGGUCUGUUAUGUUCUGUAUGGGUCUGUUAUGUUCUGUAUGGGUCUGUUAUGUUCUGUAUGGGUCUGUUUUUGCACAAACAUUUUAUUUGUUGUUGUUGAACUAUUUACCUAUUUGUUUUUGGUUGGUGGGUUGGUUGGUUGUUUCUUUGCAGGCUGUUGUUAUUUGUGUUGGUCUUUUUGCCUUUUACGUUAGGAAUGUAAGGGGUUAAUACUGUAUUUUACUGGGACAUAGUGCAACAUGGCAUAGGUUUGUGUUUGGUGAUACUACUGUACUGUAUUGUUUUUACAAACCUUAUUGAAUAGAUAUUUGCACUCAAAUCUGGGGACACUAAGAGUUUAUUUCAAAACGAAUAGGCUAUGGGAAGAACAAAUAAACUACUGUUAUAUACAAAUGAAUGUCUGGCUGUAUUUGGCCUAGUAGUAAAAAGUGAAAUAGUUUUAAUAUAUAAAUAUAUGAAAUACCACAGCAGCUUGUACAAACAUGAAAGCGUUUUAGUUAAUUUUUAGUUUUGUAUCAUACCGGCUGGAUUAGUUGUAUCUUUUGUUAAAUGUUUGUAUUGUUUUUAUUACUAUACGUAUUAUUAUUAUUAAACAGAUUUGUGUUUCCUUCCCUC